AUAAGAGAAAAGAUGAGUUCACAUAUUUCAUAUUUUUGUAGAAUCUCAUAAAAACAUGUAUUUCCCAGAAUUCACGUGCGCAGCUCGGGUAGCGCAAAGAGCCUGUCCGAUUCAUGGCGCGAAAUAAUAGGGAUUUUAAAUGCAUGGUCGUAACCGUGCAAAUGACUACACAUUCAUAUUCAACACGUUGAAGUCAUAUUUACCAUCCACGCCAAAUUCACCUUCGAAUAAAAUAGAAAAAAAAUUUUAAUUGAUUCAUUAUUAAUUAUAACACGUCGCUACAUAACGCAUGCGCAUUAAAUGUAAAAUGUUAGAAUUGUUUGGCGUUCCAAAGACCGCGAACACGACUCUCGUCUAAUACCUGUAUUGACCUUUGAGAAAAUUGUUUUAUUUGUGUAUGAAAUCAUCAGUAAUACACCAAACCAAUUCCAAAGAAUACAUGUGUAUGAAGAAUUAUAAUGAAAACUCUAAAAAUGGAUAUGGACAGUAUAAAUUAUUCAGAGUCUCCCGAUGCCAUUGAUGAUCACGAGAUCUCCCCAAAACGUCAAAAAAUUGAAACAUCGAAUUCUACAGCGAAAAUUGAGGAAUGCAAACAUCUGAAGGCACUACUGGAGAUCCUUCGUGCCAGAUUGUCACAGACUGAAGCCAGUGCCACACAUUUUCACAAAUUACGAAGAGAAGUUGAUGAAAUUUUCCUCAGGGAGAAGAACGAGCUUCAGGAGCAAGUGCAAGCUGCAGAAGAGAGAAUAGAGCAGUUGCAGAAUCAUUUAGAGACAGCGGUGAAAAAUAAUCAUGAAUUGCAUGAGGCCCUGGUGGCUACGGAAGCACACAUGCUCGAGAUGAAAACUGAAAUGGAGCGGAGAAUCGUAGCCUUAUCCAUCGAUAAUUAUACACUGAGAACUACUGCGAUUACUCCUAACACUAGUACUGAAGGACUAGUGUUAGGAGACACUAGCGACAAGGAUGCUCUCCAAGCGAAGUUUGAGACAGCAGAGAAAAGGAUACUUCUGUUGGAACAACAGCUGGAGAAUAAUCUAGCAGCUCAAAGGGAAUUUCAGCAGCAAACGAUUGAGUUGGAGCAAACCAAGAUGAUAAUUGAGGCGCUGGACGCUGCAAACGGACAGAGAUCCAAACUCAGAAGUUUCUCCAAGUCUCAGAACGAAUCGAAUGCCCAGGACACUCAAGUACAACAGUCCAAAGCCAAAGAUCACACGUUGAAUACAAAAAAAUCCAAGAAUGAGAUAGUAAAAUCACCUGCUGAGGCUCAACGCGUGGAAGACUCUGGGAGGAAUUUGAGGUCUUCCACGAAGAGAAGUGGACAUUUGAGAAAAGAGUUGUCAACUUCCAUGAUCAUGAAGAACAGUGAAGCCACAUCAGAUAGUCAAGCGAAGUUAGAAGUUUUACAGCCGGAAAACUCGUUUUUGUCAGGAACAGAAAAAAUUUCUAUGAAAGAAGAAAAACUGACGUUCCAAGUGGAUGAUUAUAUUCCUGGAGAAUUCCAGGUGAUCUUAUUUGGCGACGAUUCUCCUAACCUAAACCUCUGUAAAGACUUUCAGUGGAUUUUUCCAAAUGAUGAAAACUUCACAAAUUCAGAACAGAGGACUUCUCAAGUUGAUCUCGUUCGAACAAUUUCAGAGCGAGAGGAAGACUCAGAAAUUCAAGCGAACGAUUCUGCCCUCAAAGAGUGUCACCUAGUUCUUGGUAAAAGUAACUCACGAGAUCCCGGUGCCCGCAACAAUCAGGGAGAUCAAGCGAGUAAUAUUGACCAGAUGAUUGAAUCGGAUCAGGAGUUAUCAGUUAUUGAGGGAACAGCUUUAAAGAAAGAAGAGGAGAAAAUUUCUCUUCAAGAUGACGAUUGUGUGCCUCAUGAGCCCCAAGGAAUUUCAAUCGAGAAUGAGACCGCGAAUGGAGGUGCUGAGAAUGGCUCUUCUUCAGAUGAUGAGUCUGAGAACUCUGAUUACGAGCCAGAGGAUAACAUGAAGUUUAACGGAAAAUUUUCCAAUUUAAAACUCAAGGUUGGCACGUAUUUCAUUUUAGUUUCCAGUGCAAAAUUUUUCCAGAUAAACUGGAGUAAUGAAUACAAACAACUUGGGCCUUGUCAAUGGUACUGUAAAACAUGUGGUCAUAUGGAACCAAGAAAGUUUCUUGUGGAGGAACAUGUUUGGGGGAUCCACUAUGGAGAGACAUUCAAGUGUCCUCAUUGUCCAUUUCAUUAUAAAAAUAAUCAUUUUAAAAGCAGGGCAUGUGUAAGGAGUCAUAUGAAAACAAAACAUAUUUAACUGAUCCCGCUUCAGCUAAACUCGAGACCUUAUCACACAAAUCCGAACAGUAAAUAUUCAACUGUUGUGAUAAUUACAGCUCAUGAAUGCUUGAGACAAAUUUAUAACUCAAAACUCGUUACUUGCUUUAUUUUUACGAUGUGACAAUAAAUAGUUCAUGAACAUGAGUGAUUAACUUCAA